AUGCUUCACAACAACUUUAAGAGCGAUGCUUUGCUGGGCUGGUGCUCUUCCAAUGGCGUUUCCAUUGAUUGCCGCCUUCGUAUAGUUUCCGAUCCAGCUGGACACGUCUGCGUCCUGUUGCGCAGGUCCUGCAGCUUCAGUACCGGAGAGUCGGUGUCCGAGAUCCCCAAAGAUGCAGUUCUUUCGGUCCGCUCAAGCCAGAUGUCGGAGUUCUUGAAGUCAGAAGAAACCGCUCAAGCCAUGAGGCGCAGAGGACUGGAUCCUGACUUCGGUCAUGGAGCUCAGCUUUUGCUGGCAACAGCACUAUACGCUGAACUGUCUCACCUAUCUUCGUCCCGUUGGGCUGGCUAUCUGAGCUCGCUGCCGCAAGCAGACGAAUGGGAUGGGACUGGGCUACUUUGGUGUGAACGCGAAGGCGGGCAGAACUCGUCUCCCGUCGAUCGUCUCGACUUCUUCGACGACGUCAGCGCUGCUGUACACUGGCUUGAAGGCACCGAGGUCGCCAGACACCUCAGCGACGACGACGGUAAACCUGUUGCUGACAACGUUCGCAACUUCUACCAUGACGUCGCAUGUCCGUUGUUCAUCCGACGAUGGCCGGAUCCCCGACAAGUUCGAGCGGGAGAUUGCGAUACUCGGUCCGUCGAAGGUGCACGGAUGAGUCCCGGUAGUACAUGGAGUCUCGAUGGCUUCCGCCACGCAUACGCGCUCGUGUGUGCGCGAGCCUUCGUCGUAGAUGCCUUUCAUGGACUCGCGAUGGUCCCCGUCGCAGAUGCAUUCAAUCAUGCGAAUAGCAACCACGUCCAUCUGGAGACCGAGUACGAUGUGUGUCCAGAUUGCGGUUCGUGGGCGCGCUGCGCACACGACGAAGACGACGGACCUAUGCUACAGCAGGACCACGGACGAGAAGAGUCAGACUCGGCGAGCGAACCUAGCGGGCGUGCACGAAAGCGGCCUCGGCUUUCGCUCGAAGAGGCAGUUCAAGAGCCUUCAACAUUGGAUGAAGAGAACACUUGCGAGAUGAUCGUGAAUACGCCGCUCGCGGCGCCCGGCGACGAAGAUGUAGAGGUCUUCAACACAUACGGCCGGUUGAGCAAUGCCGCUCUCGUCGCGCGCUACGGCUUCGCUCUGGACGAUGCCGAGGAUGGGGUACCUAUAUCCCCAUCCUUCGUUCUCUCCGCUAUGAGCGUAAAGGAACGUGAGCAUGAUAGACUGAUAGGAGAGUGGCGGGAAGUCCUUCGCGACUGGGACGUUCGCGGUGAAGGAACGUGGACCGGUUCUUCCCGCAUUUCGCAAGAGAUUGAACUCGGCGAAGGAGAGGGGGACAUGGGCUUCGGCGCGGACAGUGGCAUGAGCCACAGCCUGUGGGUCCUCAUUGCACUUAUUGUAUGGGAACAGGCACGCCGAGGUACAGGUGGCGAACACGAGGAUGCCGUCCCCGCCCUGCGCCUGCUCGCCGCGCGGCUCGUUCUGCUGGAAAGCCGCGCAGAUGAGCGCGCUGGUUACGACGACGAAGAAGAUGGAGAAGACGAUGACCCUGUGCAGAACCCCGCAACGCGCGAAGCGCAUGCCCCUCCUGCGCCUCUCGUCGCGCCGGUGCACCUCGACGUCUCAUCGGAACUUGACGCAUGUCGCGACCCCGAGUCCAGCACGCUCCGCGCGCUUCUGGCCGCGCUGCGGCGUGUAUGCGCGGCGCGCUGGGCGCGUAUAGCUGGUGGCCCUGCCGCCCGUGUGCGGCUCGCAGCCAUGGCGCAGGAUCUAGGGAUAAACAAGGGUGCUGAUGUUCUUGCAGGCGCGGAAACCGACGAAGCAGUGGACUUCGGACCAGAUGAUGUAGACCCGGUGCGCGGCUCGGGUGCUGCCGGCGCGGUGCUGGAUGCGCUCGAGGGCAAGAAGGGUUGGUCGCGCUCGCGGGCUGCGAUCACCGUAGCGCUUGGAGAGAUGAGUGUGUUGGAGAGCGCAUGGGCGCGUUGGGGCGAGGUGAUGUCUGUCUUGUCCAUGGAAGAUCCCUCGGGCAGAGGGUCAUAG